GUCGGCACGGGAUCCGGUGCGCACACCGCGUCCGACGGAUUUCGUAGAGGGUGCAGUUCUGUCGAAAACUGUCCCGAUACCACACGACUCGCCGCGACCGGGAUUGUACCAGCAGACGUCAAAGAGCAUGGUUGACCUACUUUCGGUUGCCCGUAAGCGGGAAAAGCAGCGCGAAAUGCAAGUCCCAGAGAAGAGGCAAAGUCGAGCGCCUGAUUACUCCUUGGCGACGACUCGUGACGUACCGCAGCCAGCAGAAUCGUCGGCGCAAGCAGGGGCGCCCACUCCCACACUGCGUCGGCAGCGCUCCCUGCCUACGUAUAAUCCGGCGUCAGAACCGCCGCCGUAUCCGACGUUCGGCGCGCAACGGCCACUGCCACCGCCUAUUGUGCCGCGAGAGGAAGAGGGUAGAGAGCAGCUCCCGCAGUAUACGAACACGAUCUACCUAGCAGCCAUCAUGCCGCGGAAGGUGGAGUUCAAUGCUCCGGGAUUCCAGGCGCGGGACCGCAAAUGGAAGCGCGCACUCUGCAUCCUCGAGGGAUCUAUGUUCAAGGUUUACCGCGUACAUAACGGUGUCGUCGAAGACUGGUGGGAGCGCACGGUGGGCGUAGGCGACAAAACUACCAUCGACCCUACCACAGUCGGUCCUUCGGGAGGCAUCCGUGUUGGCGCCAUUCGCGACGCCGAGAGAAAUGGGAGUGAUCCAGUCAAGCCUGGUGACGGUGCACAGGGAGAGUCUUCGCAAAGCCGAGCAGAAUCCCCUUCGGCUUCUACGUCGUCGUCGACUUCGCAUUCGAGAUCGAUGUUCAGCAGCCUUCUCCAUCCGAGACACCGUCACGAGAAGCAGAAUUUGCAUGGCAAUAUCGGUUCGCGUUCAGGGGUCAGUUUCGACUUGAGUCGUGGAGAAGAGCAAACAUCGCCGACGUCUGCUUCCCGAAGGCAGAGUAUAGAUUCUGCGCGAUCAGGGCCGUCACCAGCUGCGUCAUCGUCGGUUCUGUCGUCGGGCCGUCGUGGACGGCUGUCGUCCGAGGAUACCUCUGCCACGACCAUGUACAGCGGCUCGCUGUCAAGACAAAGCAGCGGUGCAGUUCCUUCGGUCAAGCACUUUACGAACUUGUCGAGCUGCAACCACGAGCCGAUCCCUGAGCCCGACUUCAGGAACUUGGUCCGCAAUUACAGCCUGCAGCAUGCGGAAAGUGGUCUUGCCAGCGACUACCUCAAGCGCAAGAAUGUCAUCCGUGUGCGUAUGGAGGGCGAGCAGUUCUUGUUGCAGGCGCAGGACGUACCGAACGUCAUUGAAUGGAUCGAGGGAAUCCAAGCCGCCACCAACAUCUCACUAGACCUAGAUGAGCGACCGAUGCCUAAGGGCCCCAUGUUUCCAAGACGUCGGCGCCGUAGGCCGCGUCGCCCUGAGGGCGAAGCGCAAGGCCAAGGGAGCGCCACUUCCCGUCCAGGUGCAUCUUCUUGAUCGUCCCCCCAUACAUGUCUAUACUCUGCUAUGCCGGAUCGUAGUCUCCCCAGGCUACGUAAUUACGAAGACACGAUAUCUCACGCCACUAGUCUAUUUCCUACGAACCCAUUCUGAUGUGCUAUCACCUCAUUUGACAUUCUACGGCUCUGUACUACCUCGCUUCUGCUACUUCUUU